CAUUCACUUUGCGUCUUUUGUACCAUCCGGUCAUUCGUCUGCUAUCGUUCAUUCGUCAUUUCGCUUUUAUCCAGUUUAUAUUACUAAUUUGGUUGCAUUGCAUUUUGUAGUACCGCUACAUUGUAAAGUAUUUUGUAGUGUGCAAAUUGUGCUUCAAAAAAGUUGUAUACUUAUAAAAAAGUGUGCUAACCUAAAAAGUGUUGAAAAGGUACCCAAGCGGUUAACUACAAAAUUUGAUUUGUGAACGUGCGCGCAUCUUUCGUACGGUGUAACCGCAUCGCGAUAACAUUUUUAAUUCUACAUUACUGAAAAACCAAGCAAAAUGAUUAGUAACAGCAACUUUGCCGGCAUCACUGACAACAGCAAGCCCUCUAGCAAGGUUCUAAGACCACCAGGCGGUGGCACUAGCGACAUCUUCGGCGGUGAUCUUCCACAAACUCCGCGCAACGUUAAAAAUCACAUGCAAUCGAACAUUUUCUCGUGUGACAAAAAUGGCGGUAUCAAAAAUAACGUACGACAAGGAGCUCACAGAUUCUAUUUCAUUGGUGAUCAGCCACGUCGCGGACAGCAGAAAGUUGAUUCAUAUCAACGUCUCUUCGGCGAGCCCGAGCGUCCAGUCACUCCCGCCAGGAAUCACAUGAAAAGCAACAUUCCAUUUGGUUCGAAUACUGAGGCCGCCCAAGAGUUAUUGGCCAAUGGGAAUGGUCAUCACAGCAAUGGCAAAGGGGGUUCGGUGUCAACCUCAACAUCGUCCUCGGUAUCGUCGUCCACUGAGAAUUUGAAGAUGAUGAAUGGUGUCUCAAAAACAGUCUUUCGCAAAAUGAGCAAUGGCAAUCCCGUCACCGGCGAGGGUUAUAAGCCCAGCAACUCGUUCAACCAUUCAGUGCCCAGCCUGAAUGGUGCCAAUCAGGUCAUCAAUAAGAAUCGCAUUCCACCCGGUGGAUUCUCAUCAGGUCUUUGGUAAAUAGAGUUUAUCGCCUGUGUAUUGUUCGUUCCGCGUUUAGGAAAAAAACCAACAGCAGAGAAGCGAGGGUCUGAGAUGAAGUGAUGAAACCGAAAAAGAAUAAAAAAAGAGAACAAUUAUAUAACAACACACAACCAACCAACACACAAAGAAAAACUAAACUAACCGAACAUCAUCAAAGCAUAUAUACGAUGAAAAAAAAAUCAGUUAAAGCAGCAAUAAAUCCUGCAUGUUUUUAUAACGAUAAAGCAACGGAUGGAUGGAUAGAUGGAUGAAUGAUGAGUAGCUGCGGUGGAUAUAAUUGACAGUGUGAGGAAAGCAAUUUAAGAAGAGAACCAGCAAUGAGAAAUAGGCACAUUGAAAAUUAACAAAAUUUCCAUUAAAAAAAAAAUGGUAGAAACACAAAUUAUUGAAGGAUGCAAGAAUAAUUAGUAUUUAAGAGCUAAUCAAGCAGAAAUUUAGAAAACCCAGGACACAGACACACACAAACACACGCCAACACUGUUUUACAGUAAAACAGAAAAGCAUUUUAUCCAAACAUUAACGUACAUAGUACAUAUGUAUGUAGGUAAUAUGGUUACCAAUGCGAUGAACUCUCAAAAGUUAACGUCAGAGAAACUGGCAAGCGAGGAAUAAGGGAAAUGCAAUCAAAAAAAUAAAUGCAGCAAAAAAUUAAUUAGUGUUUAAAUGACAUAAAAUUAAUAAAAAUUAAAAACUUGAAGCAAUAUUGAGCAAAAUGCAAUUACAUGAAAUAAGAACAACUCUUCUGUGUAAUAAUACUCUUCUACAAGUGACAAAUGUUCAUAGCAAAAUUGAGUUUUAUGCAUUCAAGCAUAAAAUCUAUAAUUUUCCAAAAUGUAAACAGCGCGAAAGACACAAAAAACUGCAUGGCAUUUGGCAUUUUCGUACCAUCAACAUCAACACCAACACAAACACAUUUUCAACUCGAAAUUUUAUUUAGCAUUACAUGUCGUCAGUUUCACGCCUUCAUCAAUACACCCUGCAUACAUACUUCACAUAUAAACACAACCUAAACGUGUACGAAAAAUGUUCAUUCAACGAACUGCAGCUCGAAAAAACAAACAGCUCAACGAACUUAUACAAAUGACGACGUCGAUAUAUAGACGAUUGAAAGUUGUUGCUUUAGAAUUAUAAAAAAAAAACACAGAAACUAAAUUUAAAAAGUAUUUGCUCAAUUUAAAGCUGCAGUUUGUGGGAAAGGUGUAUACAAAAAAAAAAA